AUGGGACCUCGAGCCAAGUUCUCGGCUAUUCCGACCGAUAUGAUGCGUUUCCCGAGAUUCUUCCACAGCUAUUCGCACUAUUUCACCUACUAUUCGAGAAUUUUCCUUCUCGCUCUAAUCCUCAUCGGCGUUUAUUACGGGUUUCUCAGGACAGCUACGGAUUUCUCGAAGCAUCCGCACUUUGUGUACCUUCAGGUACGUUUUAUCUGGUUUUGCUUAAUUAUCAUAACUUCCAGCAACUGCGAGCCAGCCAGAAGAGCUCCGAGUGCGUGAUCCCGCUGGUCGACCCGUGGGAUCCUUCCAUCCUCACCUAUUAUUCGAAAGCGUCUCCUCUCGAGUGCUCUCCGAUCCAAUCCCAAGCCGUUAAAAGCUUUGAGAGCGGAAUUUUGACGGUAAGAGCACCUGAUCAUUCCUAUAAACUUCUGCUUAUUCAGUUUGAUCCAGAAAUUAUCAAAAACGCAAAAUGCUACAAAAUCUCUGUGAGUCAUGACGAAAAUGUGACUGAUUUGGAUGUAAAGUACGGAGAACCAGUCCUUCUCAAUCUGACGGGAACUUCUUCUGUCCACGUGGACGACGAGAUGUUCGAAGUGACGUGCGAGACGAAUAAUCUGCUGUCGACUCCAAUAUUCAAGUAUCACUACGCACAAAUUGUGCCCAGAAAAGACGGGAAAAACAUCAGGGACAAGUGAGAAACCUUUUUAUUUCAAAUGGUCUGUUGAAUUUUAGAACGAUUGAGCCGUCUUCUGCUGAUUUUCCAUCUGUAAUAAUGAUCGGAUUGGACUCAAUGUCUCGGAGCAACUUCAUCCGUCAGAUGCCGAAGACGUACAAGCACUUGAUGGACAGUGGAUUCAUCGAUAUGAAAGGACACAUGAAGAUCCACGACAACACGUACGGAAACAUUCUGGCCAUUCUGACGGGCUUGCGGGGAGUCAGUGUGCAAGAGUUCAAGGCGGAAAUCAACGAGAGCUGGCACAUGGCAUUCGACGAAUUUCCGUUCGUCUGGAAGGACUUCAAUGAGAAUGGCUACGCGACCAUGUUUGCGGAGGACCGCCCGGAUAUCGGAACGUUCACCUACAAGAACCUGCUGCUCGGAUUUCUGAGCCAGCCCACGGACCACUACCUCCGCCCGUUCUGGAUCUCCUCCUUCUGGUCGCUCGUCUCCAGACGCUCCGCCGCCUCGUGCUACGACGCAAAACCGCAACAUAGGCUACAAUUGGAGUACCUCGACAAGUACGUGUUGCUUAUCAUUUCAUAACUCAAAAAGUGUGCUCUCUGCUUCAGGUUCCUGGAGAAGUACGAGAAUAAACGGAAAUUCGCGUUCUGGUGGUCGCAAGACAUGAGUCAUGGCUUUCUGAACUUGAUUGGGAGGACUGACGAUGACUUUGAAGAGUUCUUCAAGAGAAAUGAGAAGCGAUUGGCCGACUCGAUUGUUGUUGUGCUCUCCGAUCACGGACACAGAUACGAUAAAAUAAGAGAGACUGUGAUCGGAAGAAUCGAGUCCCGGAUGCCGUUCCACGCAAUCAGAAUCCCGGACGGCGUGAGAAAGAAGUAUCCUUGGGUUGGUGAUACCGCUGAAAUCUGUGUAUUACAUGUACUUUCAGAUUGUCGAGAAUCUGGAAGCCAACUCGAAACUGAUGACCACCCAAUUCGACGUGAACGAUUCCCUCCGGAAAGUGGCGAAAGGUCAGAUCGGCCAGAAAUGGACUCAGACGGACCGAAAGCGCAGUUACUCGUACUUCGAUCCCUUCCCAAAGCGGACAAGCUGCUUGGAAGCGGGCGUAAGUGUCUGCUAUCUCCGAUCAGAUCGGAACAUUUCCUUCAGAUUCCCUCGGAUUUCUGUCCAUGCUUCUCGGAGAUUGAGAUCCCGUCCGAAGAAGCAAAAGAAGCGGCCGGGCACCUUCUCGGCAUUGUGAACGGGCUGCUGGAGAACACGGAACAGACGGAAGAGUACCAGGUAGACUCGAAAGAACUCAAGGAGUACAUGUGCACUCCGAUCGAGGUGGACAAGAUCGAGUACUCUUCGGUUCGUCUGCCCAUGAUGAGUGUGGUGAACGACGUGAAAUCAGUCGACACUCCGUUGCAAUCGUUCUCUUUACAGUGAGAUCCCAACGCUCUCAUCAUUAUUUUUCAUUCAUUCGUUCAGAUAUCACGUGGUGAUCCGUGCGAAACCUCCGAGCUCCGCCCUCAUUGAAUCGACGCUGGAGCACAAUCUGAAGACGGAUUCAUGGUCAUCAUUGGGAGAAAUUGAGAGGAAUAACAAGUACGUUGUCGAUCAUUUGUCGGGAUUCGAUUGAUCUUUCUUGUUUUCUAGAUACGGGAACACUUCAUUCUGCGUAAACGAUCGGAUUCUCAAAAAGAUUUGCCACUGCAUCUCACGCAAAACGGACCCAGUUACUGCAAUUCUAUGAUGAUGACCUCUUACUCUUUUGUUCUUUCCUUUUCUUUUUCUCUGCCGAAUCGAUCACGGGUAUCUAACUAUGAAGAUCAUAAUGAAGCACUGCAAUUGUUGCGUUUUUUCUCGUGUUCAGAUGAAUAUCUCGCAGUUUGGUUUACAAGAAGUUUCCGCAAGUUUCAAGUGAAAAAUGACUGUCCGCUCCAAGCACACUUUUAUAUUUUUCUCGUUCGUUCUAGUUGUUUUCUUUGUUAUUUUCUACAACUUUGUCAUUCUGGUGCCAGCUCUUGGGUAUGGAAGAAAAAAGGUAGGAUUGUCUGAAACAUCAGCUAUGAGUCUCAGUUUGAACAGACUUUCGGAUCGAGUUUCAGAAUGACAUAAUCUCAUCGAAUGUGGCAGAACAACCCGGCCCCGCUUGCUCUGAAGCAGUACCAUCAGAACCUGGUCCCUCCUGGCCGGCCACACUCUCCGAGAUAUUCUUCCAAUGCUCCUAUCCGUUGUGGUCCCGAUUCCAAGGACUCCCCCACCAAAUGCUUCUCAACUGGCCGUUCAUGGCGUACGUCUGCGAUGAGGAGGACGAGUUAGCCGCCAUUCCCUUAUAUCCGUACCCGACCAGGAACAAAGUGUACUGGGGAGUCGUGCCGCAGUGCAAUGUCACGCACACACUUGUCACUCUCGGAAUACAGUCGGAGGACUCGUUGGCUGUGCGGAAGAUGAAAGAGACGUGGAAUAAUUUGGUGGUUUAUGGGACCGGCGCUUUUGGAUCAAGCAGUAAGGACUACGAUCACUUUUACAACUACACAAUCGGAGCGAAUGGGACUGGCGUUGAAGCAGUGUACGGUAAAGAUGGAUACAUUAAAAAGCGGAAGAGCAGACCGGUACGCUCCUUUUUCAAGAAUGUGCUCGGUUUGAAGGUUUGCCCAUAUUCUUCUAGGAAACUUUAGAAACAUUUGUAAUAAUUUUGAAGCUCAUCGACAUGUUAUGGAUAAAUGUGGAAGGCGGCGAAACGGAAUACUGGAGGUACUUCUCGGAAAGAGGAGUUUUCGACCGACUCGGCAUCAUCAUUUGCCAGUUCAACAUUGAAAUCAACAAAGACGACGGAAUCCACUUUGAGAAGUUUCUCAUCGACAUCUACACUCGGAGACAUUUCAUAUUUCUGAGGCCUACUUUCACGCCGACCGACCAAAUCACUCGAGCUUUUUUCUUGAACAUUAAGGAUGAAAUUUGUGUUAGAAAAUAUUUGAAAUAA